UUCAAGUUGCAGGCAGUGAUAUCUACAAGCACCUCGCAGCAGCUCGGGGACUCCGGCCGUCACGAUGACGAGGACGACGGUAGAUGAGUUGGUCUUCUUUGUGAAUGGCAAAAAGGUGGUGGAGAAAAAUGCAGACCCUGAAACAACACUUCUGGUCUACCUUAGAAGAAAGUUGGGGCUGUGUGGGACCAAGCUUGGCUGUGGAGAAGGUGGCUGUGGGGCAUGCACCGUGAUGAUCUCCAAGUAUGACCGCCUUCAGAACAAGAUCAUUCAUUUUUCUGUCAAUGCCUGCUUGACCCCCAUCUGCUCCUUGCAUCAUGUUGCUGUGACAACCGUGGAAGGCAUAGGAAACACCAAGAAGCUGCAUCCUGUCCAGGAGAGAAUUGCCAAAAGCCAUGGUUCCCAGUGUGGGUUCUGUACCCCUGGUAUUGUCAUGAGUAUGUACACACUGCUCCGAAACCAGCCUGAGCCUACUGUCGAGGAGAUCGAGAAUGCCUUCCAAGGAAACCUCUGCCGCUGUACAGGCUAUAGACCCAUCCUCCAGGGAUUCCGGACCUUUGCCAAGGAUGGUGGGUGCUGUGGAGGAAGUGGAAACAACCCAAACUGCUGCAUGAGCCAAACAAAGGACCAGACGAUUGCUCCCUCAUCUUCUUUAUUCAACCCGGAGGAUUUCAAACCUUUAGAUCCAACCCAAGAGCCCAUCUUUCCCCCAGAGUUGCUGAGGCUGAAAGACACUCCCCGGAAGACCCUGCGUUUUGAAGGGGAACGUGUGACCUGGAUCCAGGUUUCAACCAUGGAGGAACUGCUUGAUCUCAAAGCCCAGCAUCCUGAUGCCAAGCUGGUGGUGGGAAACACAGAGAUAGGCAUUGAAAUGAAAUUUAAAAAUAUGCUAUUUCCUCUGAUCAUCUGCCCAGCCUGGAUCCUUGAACUGACCUCAGUGGCACAUGGGCCUGAGGGAAUCUCCUUCGGAGCUGCUUGCCCCCUUAGCUUGGUGGAAAGUGUCCUGGUGGACGCGAUUGCUACACUUCCAGAACAGAGGACAGAGGUGUUCAGGGGCGUGAUGGAGCAGCUGCGCUGGUUUGCUGGCAAGCAGGUCAAGUCCGUGGCGUCCAUCGGCGGGAACAUCAUCACUGCGAGCCCCAUUUCUGACCUCAACCCCGUGUUCAUGGCCAGUAGAGCCAAGCUGACCCUCGCGUCUAGAGGUACCAAGAGAACGGUCCGGAUGGACCAUACCUUCUUCCCUGGCUACAGAAGGACUCUGCUCAGUCCAGAGGAGAUAUUGGUGUCCAUUGAGAUCCCCUACAGCAGGAAGGGUGAGUUUUUCUCAGCCUUCAAGCAGGCCUCCAGGAGAGAAGAUGACAUUGCCAAGGUGACCAGUGGCAUGAGAGUCCUGUUCAAGCCGGGGACCACUGAGGUGCAGGAACUGUCCCUUUGCUUUGGAGGGAUGGCUGACAGAACUAUCUCAGCCCUCAAGACCACUCCAAAGCAGCUGUCCAAGUCCUGGAAUGAGGAGUUGCUGCAGGAUGUGUGUGCUGGCUUGGCAGAGGAGCUGCACCUGGCCCCUGAUGCUCCUGGUGGGAUGGUGGAAUUCCGGCGCACCCUCACCCUCAGCUUCUUCUUCAAGUUCUACCUGACAGUGCUUCAGAAGCUGGGCAGAGCGGACCUUGAGGGUAUGUGUGGUAAACUGGACCCCACCUUUGCCAGCGCCACCCUGCUCUUUCAGAAGGACCCUCCAGCUAACGUCCAGCUUUUCCAAGAGGUGCCCAAGGGUCAGUCUGAGGAGGACAUGGUGGGCAGGCCCAUGCCUCACCUGGCAGCAGACAUGCAGGCAUCCGGGGAGGCUGUGUACUGUGAUGACAUUCCCCGCUAUGAGAAUGAGCUGUCCCUCAGGCUGGUCACCAGCACGCGGGCCCAUGCUAAAAUCACGUCCAUUGACACUUCAGAAGCCAAGAAGGUGCCAGGGUUUGUUUGUUUCCUCACCUCAGAAGAUAUCCCUGGUAGUAACAUAACUGGCAUUUUCAACGAUGAAACUGUCUUUGCGAAGGAUGAGGUUACUUGUGUUGGGCACAUCAUUGGUGCUGUGGUCGCUGACACCCCAGAACACGCACACAGAGCCGCUAGAGGGGUGAAAAUCACCUAUGAAGACCUUCCAGCCAUUAUCACAAUCCAGGAUGCUAUAAAGAACAACUCCUUUCAUGGCCCCGAGGUAAAAAUCGAGAAAGGAGAUCUCAAGAGAGGCUUUUCUGAAGCUGACAAUGUUGUCUCAGGAGAAUUAUAUAUUGGUGGCCAGGAGCACUUCUAUCUGGAGACCCACUGCACCAUUGCCGUGCCGAAAGGCGAGGCAGGCGAGAUGGAGCUCUUCGUGAGCACACAGAACACCAUGAAAACCCAGAGCUUUAUUGCAAAGAUGUUGGGUGUUCCAGACAACAGAAUUGUAGUCCGAGUGAAAAGAAUGGGUGGAGGCUUUGGAGGGAAGGAGACCCGGAGCACUCUGAUAUCCACAGCAGUGGCCUUGGCUGCAUACAAGACAGGCCGCCCUGUACGCUGCAUGCUGGACCGAGACGAGGACAUGCUGAUAACUGGUGGUAGACAUCCCUUCCUGGCUAAAUACAAGGUGGGCUUCAUGAAGACUGGGACUAUAGUGGCACUGGAGGUGGCUCACUUCAGCAAUGGCGGGAACAGUGAGGAUCUCUCUCGGAGUAUAAUGGAAAGAGCUGUGUUCCACAUGGACAACGCUUAUAAGAUCCCCAACAUUCGCGGCACUGGGAGGAUUUGUAAGACUAAUCUGCCCUCUAACACAGCCUUCCGAGGCUUUGGGGGUCCUCAGGGGAUGCUAAUCGCAGAAUACUGGAUGAGUGAGGUCGCUGUCACCUGUGGGCUGCCUGCAGAGGAGGUACGGAGGAAAAACAUGUACAAAGAAGGGGACCUGACUCACUUCAACCAGAAGCUGGAGGGGUUCACCUUGCCCAGGUGCUGGGAUGAGUGCAUAGCGAGCUCCCAGUAUCAGGCUCGCAAGAUGGAAGUGGAGAAAUUCAACAGGGAGAACUGUUGGAAAAAGAGAGGGCUGUGUAUAAUCCCGACUAAGUUUGGAAUAAGCUUCACACUUUCUUUUCUGAACCAGGGGGGUGCCUUGGUCCACGUGUACACGGAUGGGUCAGUGCUGCUGACACAUGGAGGUACUGAGAUGGGUCAAGGCCUUCACACCAAGAUGGUUCAGGUGGCCAGCAGAGCUCUGAAAAUCCCCACUUCCAAGAUCCAUAUAACUGAGACAAGCACUAACACUGUCCCCAACACCUCUCCCACGGCUGCCUCUGCCAGCGCUGACCUCAAUGGCCAGGCCAUUUAUGAAGCCUGUCAGACCAUACUGAAAAGACUGGAACCCUUCAAGAAAAAGAAUCCCUCAGGCUCCUGGGAGAGCUGGGUCAUGGAUGCCUACACGAGUGCAGUGAGCUUGUCUGCUACUGGAUUUUAUAAGACACCCAACCUUGGUUACAGCUUUGAGACAAACUCUGGGAAUCCCUUCCAUUACUUCAGUUAUGGGGUGGCUUGCUCAGAAGUAGAAAUUGACUGCUUAACAGGGGACCAUAAGAAUCUCCGUACAGAUAUCGUCAUGGAUGUUGGUUCCAGCUUGAAUCCUGCCAUUGAUAUCGGACAAGUAGAAGGGGCAUUUGUCCAGGGUCUUGGUCUCUUCACCAUGGAGGAGCUGCACUACUCUCCUGAGGGGAGCCUGCACACUCGUGGCCCCAGUACCUACAAGAUCCCUGCAUUUGGCAGCAUCCCCAUUGAGUUCAGAGUAUCCCUGCUCCGAGACUGCCCCAACAAGAGGGCCAUCUAUGCAUCCAAGGCUGUCGGGGAGCCACCUCUUUUCCUGGCUUCUUCGAUCUUCUUUGCCAUCAAAGACGCCAUCCGUGCAGCUCGAGCUCAGCACGGAGACAGUAACGCCAAACAGCUCUUCCAGCUAGACAGCCCUGCCACUCCGGAGAAGAUCCGAAACGCUUGCGUGGAUCAGUUCACCACCCUGUGUGCCACUGGAACACCAGAAAACUGUAAAUCCUGGUCUGUGAGGAUCUGAAGAGGAGGCUCACCAGUAUGGUUUUACACAACAGCCCUGAUUCCUUGGAGCAACAAGUGCAUACUGCAGUAUCCAGCUUUCCACACGUCCCAUGGGGACUCAGCAGGAUGGCAUUUUCAAGAAAAUGGACAAUUGUGAUCCAAAUCAUGAGUUGCAAACAAACCAAUAAGCAAAUGGGGGAUCUGAUGGCCCAAGUGGCAGUUUUGAGUAAUUCUGGGUAAUUCUGAGUCCAUUUUGAUCACAUAUUUGAAAUGGGGUUAGCAAGGGUUUGCGUUAUGUCCCUACUCGCCACAUGGCCUGUGUAACUGAGAUUCUCACACACCUCCUGACGCUUAAGCCAAAGUUUCUCUAGAUCUGCAUGCUUUCUUCAGAGAGCUUAUAUCUGCCAAGCCACCGAGGGCCAUGUUGUAACCGCAGCUGCACACUCGGAGUCUUCAGUGGAAUAGUGUGUGUGGGGGUGGGUGGGGGGAUGGGGGGAUUAAAACCUCCAACUACCUUUACAUCAUAGAAGACAAUAAAACAUGAUAAUGAAUGUGAGGUUAA